GAAUAUAAAGUAUAAAGAAAUAGAAAAAGAAAGGGGUGGUAAAAGAGAGGGGGUUAUUUAAAAGAAAAAUUCAGUUGGGGUGAUUUGAGAGAAAGGGGAAACUAGUGCCUAAAAAAAAAAACAAAAAAUAAAAAUAAAAUAAAAUAAAAAAUAAAGUGUGGAUUAAAUAAUAAAAAAACGUCACGAAUAUCUCACACACACGCAUAUUAAAAUUAACAAAGAAAAAUUCAUCAUUCAAUUAAUUCCUCCUUCCGUGAGAGAGAUAAAUCUUCAUUGGUUUUGCGACAAACGGAUAGAUAAAGAAAAAUAAUAAAAAUUGAAAGAGAAUUGAAAUUGAGAUUGGUGGGGGUGGCCCGUACUUACGAGAUCACACAUUAAGACACAAAUUAAGGGAAAAAUAGUCGUCGUAAGUAAUGUCACGACUAAUGCUUUGCAAUUUAGCAAAUACGUCGACCGGGGGAAAUGAUACGAAUAACAACGCGAAUACGAACAGCAGCAUGGAGGACGACGAUUCUUAUCCACUGCCAACGAUUUAUCGGUGUCGCGCACCCAUAGCCAGUUUGGAUUGCAUGGAAGAGUUCAACGGGGGUGGCGGUGGUGCGGAGACAGGAGUGCACUGCAGCAACACAGCAGGAACGAAAGAGCAGCUACUGACUAGCUGCAUUGCUGCACAAGCGCAACGUUUACAGCAUCCAUCGCCAGGUAUUCGGUAUCGCAACUUGGGAAAAAGUGGUCUACGUGUUUCAAAUGUUGGAUUAGGUACUUGGACCACCUUUGGCGUUGGGGGAUGCGGCAACGAAGAAACCGCCGAAGCUGUCGUUGCACUUGCAUACGACAGUGGCAUCAAUGUGUUCGAUUUGAGCGAAGCGCAUAGCGGUCAUCGUGCUGAAAUACAAUUCGGUCGGAUUUUAUUGCGCCGUGCAUGGAAUCGUUCGAGCUACGUCGUAACGACCAAAAUAUAUUGGAACACGAAGACAGAGGGUCGAGGACUAUCGCGUAAGCACAUUAUCGAAUCUGUGCAAUCGUCCUUGGUCAGACUGCAGCUGUCCUACAUCGAUAUCGUCAUGAUUCACAAAGUCGAUCCAAUGUGUCCGAUGGAAGAGAUAGUACGAGCUAUGAAUUACGUGAUAAGUAAAGGUUGGGUAAUGUACUGGGGUACGUCAAGAUGGUCUCCCGUUGAGAUCAUGGAGGCCUAUACAAAUUGUCGACAAUUUAAUUGUGUCACGCCGAUUGUCGAACAAGCGGAAUAUCAUCUUUUCUAUAGAGAGAAACCUGAACUAUAUAUGCCAGAAUUGUACAAUAAAAUUGGUGUCGGUUUAAUGGCAUGGUCCACGGUCACCAUCGGAAUGGUGUCAUCCAAGCCGGAAGAUUGCGGAGUGUCCUUCCUCUCGAGGUCCUCUUACAAGAAUAAGUAUUCUUCCUUCAGUUGGACGGAAGAUGAAACGCAGUCUUUGUAUAAGGAGGAAUACGCUUGGAAGGAUAAAUCGGCUGACGAGGAAACACGAAAAUAUUCGGAUAAAUUAAGGGACGUCUGUUCACUUGCCGAAAGGCUAGGAUGUUCCUUCGGACAAUUAGCCAUCGCGUGGUCUCUUAAGAAUGAAAGUGUUCAGUGCCUUCUCCUCGGUGCGUCAAAUACAGAUCAACUGUACGAGAGCCUUCAGAGUUUACAGUUAAUCCCAAAGCUAAACGCAACCGUAAUGAGCGAGAUCGAGAGGAUACUCGAUAACAAACCGUCCCGGCCACCGAUGGUGUCGACUCUGGCACUUAGAUGACAAUCGAUUUGCCCCCCCGGAAGUGGUGGGGGCUCUUUAGAUGAGGGUGGUAGCCCCAAGAGCGAGGGUGGUAACAGCCAAGAUCAGGAACAAACAAAGGAGAUGAACAACAAGUUGUCAUUCUGCGAGAUACAAUGAACACGGAAGGAUGGAAUCAGUGAUAUGACGAUGAUGAUAAUGAUAAAAUAAUGAUAAUGAUGAUGAUGAUGAUGAUGAUGAUGAUGACGCAAAUGCAACACACGCACGACGCAUCGAUUUAUGAUACACGUUUAAACAAAUAAUAAUAAUAAUAUUAAUAUUAAUAAUAAUGAUAUCCAUGCUUCGACGCCACCGGAUAUGUGAUAUAAAAAUAAAUCUAAGAAGAAGAGAAUUAAAUAGAAGAAAACAAGAUUGAUGAUGGAAGAAUAAAGAAGAACAACAAAUAAUUGUUGAUUAUGUUUUGUUGUUCCGGUGCACGUUGUCGUCAUAAUGGGACAUUUAAAACGAGUUGAUGACAAUACCUUCGAUUUUGCCGAGAAAGUUCUAUUUCUUUCUCUCUUAGAUACCUACACACACAUAUUCAGUACACAUACAUUUGUCUUUUCGCGCAUUUAUUGCCUUUCUCUCUCUCUCUCUCUCUCUCUCUCUCUUCUUUCACUUUCUUAUUUGCUUUCUUUCUCUCUCUCUCAUACACACACACACAUAUAUACUCUUUCGUAUACUCGUUCGUAAGAGUUUUCGAUAAGAGAAAAAUCAAAUUUAAGAGAUAGAAAGAGAAAGAGAAAGAGAGAGAGAGAGAACAACAAAAAUGACGAUAUCACAUUCGAGUAACACUUAUUCUAUUAAAAAAUAAUAAUACUGAUUAAUGAUGAUGAUGAAGAUUAUGAUUAUAAUGAUAAUGAUGCUGACGAUGAUGAUGAUGACGAUGAUGAUGAUGAUGAUGAUGAUGAUGAUGCUAUUAUUGCUGCUGCCGCUGCUGUUGCUGCCGCUGCUAAUCAAUAAAUUAAUCUUGCCGCUGCUUUAUUUUUCAAAUAUUUUUCUAAAUCGCGACGAACUUAUGAAAGCAAAAAAAAUUCCGUCUGGAUGAAAUAAAAUAAAAAAAAAAAAAAAUGAAAAGAGAAGUUACAUAAGUAUCGAAGAACUAUGGAACGACGGAAUGAAAAUAAAUUUAUUAGAAAAAAAGAAGAAAAAAAAAAA